AUGAAGCACAUCCCCGUUCUCGAGGACGGGCCGUGGAAGACCGUGUGCGUGAAGGAGCUGAACGGCCUCAAGAAGCUCAAGCGGAAAGGCAAGGAGCCGGCGCGGCGCGCGAAUGGUUAUAAAACUUUCCGAUUGGACUUGGAAGCGCCCGAGCCAGGCGCCGCGGCCACCAACGGGCUGCAGGACAGGACCCAGCGGCUGCAGCCAGUCCGGACCCCGGUGCCAGCCCCAGCGGCGCCGGCCGUUCCCUCAGGUGGAGGCCCGGACCCCGCUGGGGAGCGCGGGGGCGCCCGGGCGCCGGAGGUCUUGGACGCGCGGAAACGCGGCUUCGCCCUGGGCGCUGUGGGUCCGGGACUCCCCACGCCGCCGCCGCCGCCGCCUCCAGCACCCCAGAGCCAGGUACCCGGGGGUCCCGAGGUACAACCUUUCAGGGAACCUGGCCUGCGUCCCCGCAUCUUGCUGUGCGCACCGCCUGCCCGCCCAAUGCCGUCCGCGCCCCCUGUGCCUCCGGAGACCUCAGUGCGUCCUGCGCCCCCCACGCGCCCGGGGGAAAGUUCCUACUCGUCAAUUUCACACGUAAUUUACAAUAACCACCCGGAUUCCUCCGCGUCGCCUAGGAAACGGCCCGGCGAAGCGACUGCCGCCUCCUCCGAGAUCAAAGCCCUGCAGCAGACCCGGAGGCUCCUGGCGAACGCCCGGGAGCGGACGCGGGUGCACACCAUCAGCGCAGCCUUCGAGGCGCUGCGGAAGCAGGUGCCCUGUUACUCCUACGGGCAGAAGCUGUCCAAGCUGGCCAUCCUGAGGAUCGCCUGUAACUACAUCCUGUCCCUGGCGCGGCUGGCUGACCUCGACUACAGCGCCGACCGCAGCAACCUCAGCUUCUCCGAGUGUGUGCAGCGCUGCACCCGCACCCUGCAGGCCGAGGGACGUGCCAAGAAGCGCAAGGAGUGACUGGCCCUGGGCUGGACCAAGGACACUGCUGUGGGCCCGCUUUCCGGUCGGUGGAGCCCGAGGAGAAGGUGAGCCGCCCAGUCCAGCCUCGUGGUCGUCUUCAAGGUGCCGCCAGAUGCCUCUCAGGGUCAGACGGGGCACGCCUGCUCCCCCCGCGCCCCCUCCCCCAGCCACGCGGUGACUUCGCACUUUGCCCUCUGCCUGGUGGGGAGGGGAGAGCUCAGCCUUCCUCUUGCCUGGGCCCCAGGCCCGCCCUCGGCUGCAGAAAUUCAUUGCCAAAGACACCACAGAGACACUGAACAAACGUGGUGAGGAGACCCCACACUGAAAAGCCACACGUUGCCUGUGACCUGCGCCCCCCCUGGGGCCCGCCUUCCUCCGUGGCCAGCCAAAGACAAGCCAGCGGUCCCACUCGCAACUCCCGGCAAGGAUGGACGUUUGGUGACCGGUGGAAGCACCUGACAUUCUUUCUGACCAGGCCCUCUCUCUCCUGGGCCCUGAGGGGUGCCGAUCAGCGCCCUGUGAGACAGGCUGGGGUGCCUGUCGGGAGUGGACUCAGAUCUCGGCUUCCUUCUCUCCCGCUAACUGGCUGCCCAGGCCUCGGACCCUGAUUCUCAAUGUUCCCUGGGCCCAGGCUUCUCUUCUUGGGCCUGAGCAUCAUGGGACGGGGUUAGUUGGGGGAAGAAGCAAUGCCGACCACCCCCGGGACCUGUCCUGGGGGUCUUUGCUCCCCGACUGGCCUCCUUGGCAGGGCCCACCCUCCUGGCUGGGCACACGAGAUGGCGCCUGCGCGGAGGCCCG